CCAGGGCCCAGGAAAAUGGAAAUAACUUUUCUUGUAUCCCUUCUUCUCAUUUCUCUUCUGAAUACUAUUCCAUUCUCCUAUGGAGUAGAAACAAUUUCUGGAAACAAAUACAUAACUCAAAAUACAACUAUAUCAUCUCCCAAUGGAAGAUUCGAGUUGGGUUUCUUUAAAUCUGCUCAGUCUUCUAACUAUUACGUUGGUAUUUGGUACAAGAAUAUCUCCCCUAUAACAGUAGUGUGGGUAGCAAAUAGAGUCACCCCAAUCCCCUCCGCCGCAAUCCACUCCUCCAAAUUUCGAAUCCUCGCCGGCGACCUGGUGCUGCUAGACGGUGCACAAAACUUGGUGUGGUCUACCAAUGUCAGCGCAGCGAAACUAAGGUCUGUGCUAGCAACUCUCCGCGACGACGGGAACUUGGUAUUGAGCGACGAUGGCGUGGAUUCGAAAACCCCACUUUGGCAAAGCGUCGAACACCCAACAGACACAUUUCUGCCGGGUUCCAAGUUCGGAUACAACAAGCGCACCAAAACCAAACAAGUCCUCACGUCGUGGAAAACUCCCGACGAUCCAUCACCCGGGCUCUACUCUCUCGACAACGACGGCAACACGGCGUUCCAAUUGUGGAACGGCACAGAGGAAUACUGGAACAGCGGGCCCAAAUUCGGAUCCGGGAUUUUACGCACGUUGAGCUUGAAGCAGAGUCCGGUCUUCAAUUUCAGCGUCGUCGACAACGAGAACGAGAGCUACUUCACUUACUCGGUAAUUGAAUCGGUGAUAUCGAGAUGGAUUCUGGACGUAAACGGGCAACAGAAGUCGCUAACGUGGUUGGAGCCUACAAAGGAGUGGGCGGCGAUCAAUCUUGUUCCGGCGCAACAAUGCGACGUUUACGCGUAUUGCGGCCCAUUCAGCAUCUGCAAUGAAAAUUCAUCUCCGCUUUGCGCUUGUUUGUAUGGCUUCUCAGAGAAACAGCGGGGUUUGAAUGAAUCCUUCCAAGGCUGCGUAAGGAAGAGCAGAUUGAGGUGUGAGGAAACGGAAAGGUUCAAAAUGUAUACAAAUAUGAGAUUGCCAGGACAUCCUCAGAACACUACGGCUGGGAGUGAAGCAGAAUGCGAGUCCAUUUGUCAGAAAAAUUGCUCUUGUACCGCUUAUGCUUACAUCAAUUAUUGUUCCAUUUGGGUAGGACAACUUUUUAACCUGAAACAGCUUGGGAAAGACGAUAGCAAUGGAAGCACAAUUUACGUCAGACUUGCCCCUUCUGAAUUCCCAAAUAUCCAAGAUACAAACUCACAGCACUUGUCAGGGAAGCUCAAAGUUGUCAUUCCUAGUAUAGCAGUUGCUGCAGCAGCUCUAAUUGCAUGUGCUAUUUUCUACAUCUGUUUUAAAAGGAUGCGAACAGCAUUGAAAACAACAGAACAUGCAGCGGAAGCAAUGGUUCAAGUGAUAGAUGAAGAUACUGAUGAGAAUGGCAUUGGUGUUCAGUUCUUUACUCUCCAAAGCAUAUUGGAAGCUACAAACAACUUUUCCAAUGCAAAUAAGCUUGGAAAAGGAGGUUUUGGUCCGGUUUAUAAGGGUACGCUUCCGGAAGGGCAAGAAAUUGCAGUAAAAAGAUUAUCAAAUCAAUCUAGACAAGGUAUCAAUGAAUUUAAGAAUGAAGUUGUACUAAUUGCAAAGCUUCAACAUAGAAAUCUGGUUAAACUUGUUGGCUACUGCUCACAACUGGGAGAAAAGAUAUUACUAUAUGAAUAUAUGUCAAACAAGAGUUUAGACACCUUCAUAUUUGAUCAAACACGUCGACUGUUGUUGGACUGGAGCAAAAGGUUUGAUAUUAUAUUGGGAAUUGCUCGAGGACUUUUAUAUCUCCACCAAGAUUCAAGAUUGAGAAUCAUCCAUAGGGACAUGAAAACAAGUAACGUUUUAUUAGAUGAAGAUAUGACACCUAAGAUUUCAGAUUUUGGAUUAGCAAGAAUGGUAAUUGGAAAUGCAUUAGAAGCAAAUACGAAAAAAGUCGCUGGCACAUAUGGUUAUAUGUCUCCUGAAUAUGCACUGAGUGGACUCUUCUCAAUCAAAUCUGAUGUAUUUAGCUUUGGAGUAAUUAUACUUGAGGUUAUUAGUGGAAAGAAUAACAGGGCAUUCUUUCAAAAUGAAGAAAUUUCAAACCUUUUAGGCUAUGCAUGGAAGCUAUGGAAUGAAGGGAACAUAAUGGAUUUAGUAGAUGACUCGCUACACAAAUGUUGCAAGGAACAUGAAGUUUUGAGGUGUAUAAAUGUUGGGUUGCUAUGCAUUGAAGAAGAUCCAAAAUGUCGUCCCACUAUGCCUAAUGUAUUUUCAAUGUUGAUGGAUGAAAGUAUGACUUUACCUAGACCAAACAAACCUGCUUUUGUUACAAGAACACAAACUUGCAAUGACUCUUCUAGUGUGCCACCGGAUAAACCAUGUUCUAAUCAGCUCACUUUUUCAUUAGAAGGUCGGUAGAGAUAUGUAAUGAUGAUACAUUAUAUAUAUUGUCCACUUUAUACACUUUAUUGUAGCAAUAGUUGUUUGAAAAAUAAUCUUAA